UUUUUUUUUUUUUUUUUUUGUAAUAAGGAAAUAAACAUUUAAGCACGACGAAACUUCCACAUACAGAUUUAGUGAAAAAAUAACAGAAGAUGCUGAAUGGAAAAUAAAUAAUAAAUAACACAUGAGAUUGACUCAUUUGAGGACAGAGAAGACUUCAGAACUAUGGAUCCUGGUUUCAAAGAGAAAAACAAAGAAAAAUGUGAUGUUACCAGUUUCUUACAGACCCCUUGCCUGUCAGGCAGAAGAAGUCCAGAUUAUGAUCGCCCCAACAUGAGUGAUCUGAGGAUUGUUCUGCUGGGGAAGAGCGUGUCAGAAAACAGUGGAGUGGGAAACUUCAUAUUAGGACGAGCAGCAUUUGACAGUGAAGCUCCUCCAGAUGUUGUGGAGAGAGUCGGAGGAAGAUUGAAGGAGAGACAUGUGAUCAUCAUCAACAGUCCUCAGCUGCUCCAGACAAACAUCUCAGAUCAUCGGAUCACACAGAUAGUGAGAGAGUGUGUGAAUCUUUCUGAUCCAGGACCUCAUGUGAUCGUUCUGAUCCUCAAUCAUGAGCAGUGUUCAACAGAAGAUCAGGAGUUUGUGGAGAAGGUGCUGCACUCAUUCUCUGAGCAGGUUAAUCAACACACCAUGGUGAUCACCACACAAGAACCCACCGAAACCAAUGACAUUUUGCAGAAAAUCAUUCAGAAAUGUGCAAACAGACACUUCAGUCUUCAGAGAAGCAGCUCUCCUCAUGAUCUUCUGCAGACGUUUGAGGACAUUGUGCUAAUGAAUGAUGGACAGCACCUGGAUUGUGCUAAAGCUUCACAGUAUUUCAAUAUAGAGCAACAGGCCACAGAAAGUAGUAAGUGUGACAAUAGCUGAUGCUUCUAGUGAUAA